ACUCAGAAGAACAGCAAGUCAGCAGAGAUCGCGAGUGAAAAAAAAUUGGCGAGAUUAUGCGGUGCAGUUCGGACGAUCUUGGAGUGUAUCGGCGAAGAUCCCAGUCGCGAUGGCCUACUAGACACACCAACUCGUUAUGCGCAAGCGCUUCUUUUUUUCACCAAGGGAAAUGACGACGUUCUUGCCAAUAUCGUCAACAAUGCUGUCUUUAAAGAAGAUCAUGAUGAGCUUGUCCUCGUGAAAAACAUAGAAAUAUUCUCUAUGUGCGAGCAUCAUCUAGUGCCCUUCACGGGAAAGAUGCAUAUUGGGUACAUCCCUAGCGGCGGUCGAGUAAUCGGACUUUCCAAGCUCGCGAGGAUUGCCGACAUGUUUUCCCGCCGACUACAGAUACAGGAACGCCUCACCAAACAGGUAGCCCUGGCGAUAUCUGAGAUCCUCCAGCCAGAAGGCGUCGCGGUCAUAGUGGAGUGUAGCCAUCUCUGUAUGGCCAUGCGUGGAGUCCAGAAAACAAGCGCGACUACAACAACUAACUGUAUGCUGGGUAGCUUGAGCUCUGAUGCAACAAUGGGGCGAACAUUUCUGGAGCUUGUGAAGUUGUAG